AUCAGAAUUAUUCUUUUACGAUUAUUAUAUUUCUUGUUAUCUAAUUAGGAACUGUGUUUUGUAGGUACAAUAUUUUCUAGAAAAAUUGAUACAUUUUCGUGCCAUAUUCGUCUUUGUUAAUUUCAAUCGUCCGCUCGAUGACCACGCUCGAUUAUUUUUUCAAAGAGCCAGCGUUGCUCGCUGUUAGAAAAAUAAUGGUUGCGCAAUAUUAACGCACGAAAAGCUUGGCAUCGCUCACGUUGCCACCGCUAGAGCCAAGUGUCUUAUUACGCGGUGUCAAAUACACGUGUAACUUCCUUGUAAUCUUCUCCGCUUUCGAUGUCAGCAGCGCAUCGUCACAAACGAUCAUCGGAAUUUGUAAAAUGCGUACCAGCAUUUUUCGACGGUCGACCAUAACAGUAAUACGAUCGUCGAUUCUUGCGAAAUGCAUUUCGGAGGACCUCACUUGUCACUUUUAGCGCGAACGAAUAUUAUUUUCAUCUAGAAUUUCUAAUCGACCUAUUUUUGGUCGAAAUAGUACCUUCCUAAGUUUGGCUUCUUUUUGUGAUAGUUACAAGUCAAUGUAAUUUCUAGUGACCUUGUUUGCAUAAGUUUGCAUAACUAAUACAAAGUUCUAUAAUCAUUUGCGACUGUUACUCCUAAUAAAUGAUCAGCAAUAAAUUAGUAAAUCGUUGAUUUUCUAGUAUCUGUCAGUCCGUAAGAAAAUCUGCUCUCUUGCCAAUGUAGAACGCUAUGCCAGGGAUCUGACACUAUCGACUUUAGAAUUGGAGUCAUGGAACACUCGCUAAAGAAUAAUUUCAAGUGUUUCAACCCUUUGUGAACCAACGUCGAAUAAAGUUCCAUCAAAUCUGGAAUUAUAAAAUCUCGGCUGCAAAGAGUUAAAUACGUCGACUUAAAUUUUGUUCGGAGAAUAGUUACGCGUUCAGUGUGUUCCUCGAGUUUUCCGACUGGAAACCGUAACGAGUCUCGGUUGCUUUCCAGUAAAGUUCUACAACAGAUGUCACCGGUUUGAGAUAGCGACACGGAGUGCACCGAAGAAAACUGCGCAGGAAGGUGCGUCUGAGAAAACAGGAGGGACGCCUUGAAUAUGGAGCUGUGGUGCAAUUUCCUGUUUCCGUCGACCCUGUGGCGAGUUGUCUACUCGCUACCGCAAGAACAAAAUCUCGUAUGCGGUAAUACGGUCGUAAUCUAUUUUAAUUCCGACCACCUGAUAUUUUGCAUCGUGUCCCGAUGAAUAAACCAAAAGGACGAUGGUAACGCGCGAGAUUAAUAUUUUAUUUUUCGCUUCUUUUUUUCCCGAUUCUUCCCCGACCUCCUGACGCUCCCUCCUCGGAACCUUGGCUUGAUUAUCUCGACACGGUAACACAGAGAAUCCUUCGGUCGAGGAGAAAGGAGGCUUGAAACGGGGUUGAAUUAAGGGAUCACGGAGUAUGGCGCAUAGAAAUUGGAUCGAUAGUUGAAAAUGCAGUUUGCCGAAUACGCGGAAUUGAUUAUUCCGAAAAUGAGAUAAUACUUUACUUUCGAUACAUUCGUUUGUUACUUUCGUAGAAGGAAAUGUAAAGAAAUGGCGAGACAGGAGACAGCGAACGAAAAGCGAAAUCAUCUGUUAUCAUCGGGGUGGAAAGACGAGGGGGCGGGGAAUGGUGGCUGCGCAGAGAGAUGCGUCUUGGUAAGUAGACGACCGGGGAUCGCCUUGAGGGAAAAAAGAGGAUGCGGGUCGAUUCGCUGAAAGCAACGAAUCCAUCGAUCCUGAUUCGUCGCGACGCCUGCGAAUCGCCGCUGAGCCUUUUCCGCUGAAUUAUGUUGAUAGCAUUCAUUCACGAACAUCAUCGUCGGCUCGGGCUGAAACCGAGUGGAAAAACAAAUGCCAUCGGGGGGCACCCAGACGCAAUGAAAACAAAGCGAGGUGACCGAGGAAUAGAUACGAGUCAAGAUACCCUAUAAACAAAAUAACAAAGUCUAACCCCUUAGCAAUCAGGUGUUUCUCAUAUCCGUGGAGGCGAUUUGGCCCUCGAGACGUCGUUUAUGCUCCCCGUUCUCGCGAAAACGGAGUAGGAGUAUAAAACAUAUUUAAAUACUAGAAAAUUAAAAAUGUCCAUAUAAAUGGUAAAAAAAGAAGAAAAUUAAUUUCUAAGCAGAGCUCAGCAUAAAGUUUCAUCGUCUACGGAAAUAUCGAUCAAACGAAACCUGGGAGACAAACGUUGGCACGGCGAGUUUCUUAUGUUUUCAACUAACGGUCAUGGAGAAGUAGGUUUUCACGUAUUUUUGAUAACCUAAGGAUCCGCAGAAGCACGUCGCGCAAUUAUUCUUGGUAGAUAGAUAUUUUUCGUUAAGAUGGAGAGGGACUGUGACUUCCAGUUGAACUUGGCGGAGAACAAACUUUCGUCUGAAAGCAGGCUUGACGUGUCCGCCAGCAGCGUCUCUUUGUCUGAAACAGAGGUAAGUACAUUGAUACCUAAGGAUUCGUCGGUGGACUUGGACAUUCUGACGACCUCGUUGCUCCAGAUUUCUACGAAGAUGGAAUUAGAGUUGCACAGAGACCGGUGCUCGUCUAUCCACUUAGAAUCUACCAGUGAAUCGAUACCUGAAGUAGAUGACGAAGACAAACCCAGCUGGUUGUCGUAUUCGGACUGCGACGCGAUAUUAGACAUCACCAGUGAAAAUUUGUCUUACUACAAUUCCACGAAAGCAGAAAAGGACAGUGACAGCGAUUUAGACGACACUUUGCUCUUCUAUGACGCUGAGGACAACGAAACUUCAAGUAAGGAUGAGAGUACAAGAGACAAUUACUGCAAGAACUUGAGCUACGAACAGUAUACGGAACAAGUCUUGGAUGACUUGGAUCAAACGACGGAAAAGGAUGUUUCGAUCGUCUCGAAACGUUCUACGACCAAGAUACUGAGUAUACAACCUGAAGACGCGGUCGAGAAUGAAGAUUAUCAUGAGACAAUAAAGGAUCGUUGCUUUGGGAAUCGAAACGUGGAAGAUGUAGUUGGAGAUUCAGGUGAAGACAAUCCUGAAACAGAAAAUCUGUCAAAGACGGAUGGCGAAGAAGAUAACCAAAGACACCAAACCCAUGAGAUUGUAGUUAAAGAUAUUUUCAAGAUCACCGAACAAGACCAACAAUUGCACACUCUCUUCUCGAGCGACUUUGAAGUUGAAAUGGAGAGACUAAUUUAUUCUUCGUCCAAUACAAACAUCUCCAGCUAUAUCGAGUUCAGGGAGAGCAUCAAGGACCCGGUACUGGAAGCAGCUUUAACUCAAUCGAACUUGGGAGGGCUUUCUAUCCACGAAGUAGGCGAGAUGGAAGAAAUGUCAUCAGAAAAUCAAAAGUCAAAAGAAAAGGAAAAUUGUACAGCAGAGAGCUGUUUAAAUCAAGAUGAAAAACACGAAGAAACGAAACGAGUAGAAGUAAUUUGUACCGAAGACUACCUGGAGAGGUUGGCAGAGAUCACAGAACCGAACUGUCCCAGAUCGGAAGAAGAAGUUCGCGAAACGUUGAAGAAGAUCGCGGAAGGAAAGGCAAAGAUCGAGAGUAGAAAGAACGAAGCGUUGAAGAAUCUCUCCGAGGAGUUCAGCGAGGUGGAGAAACUCGUAGCUGAACAGAGGAUUUUCGAAGAAAGCUUUUCGCCCGAUGUUAAGUCCAUCGAUGACGGUAACAGUCAAUCUGAUGAAAGCGUGGACGAAAUAAAUAGGAAGAUCAACCACUUUGAAAUGCCUUUGACAAAGGAUGAGGUAGCUGAGAGUUUCAAGGUUAAAACUAUGCAGAAAGAUCUCGAGGAGGAGGAGCAACGUCGAACGGAGUCGUUGCAGGAAUGUCUGCAAGUGAUUCCGAAAAAAGGAGAAACCGACGAACCUAGACAAGAGAAAGUAAUAUUUGACGCUGGAACAACCGUGGAAGAAAAGGAAAGUAAAGAGAAAAGCGAAGUUGCUCGAAUUUUCACGGCGAUUUCUUCGGAAAUAGCCGAAGAGAAGGUGGAAUCCGACGCAAGAGUCGAUGAAUCGAUCCUAGAAGACACCGAUACUCCGAAACCAGCGGAAAGAGUGGUUAGUAGCAUCGUAGAGGACAUAAUCGCCGACACAGAAGACUCCUCGUUCUGGGAUCUGUGCAAAGAACCGGAGAGAACGUACAUCAAAGGGAAAGUGUACGAUUUUAGCCAGAAGAAACACGGCGUGAGAAUGACCGAGGCCUUCCUGAGUAAACACUGUAAAGUGAACAAGCUCUAUCAGACCCCGCACCUGAACGAUGUCCUCUAUCUUCACUACAAAGGUUUCUCUUUCAUCGAGAACCUGGAGAAGUACACAGGCCUGAAGUGUCUAUGGCUGGAGAACAACGGGAUCCAGGAGAUCGCCAAUUUGGAGAAUCAAACCGAGCUGAGAUGCUUGUACCUUCACAACAACCUGAUCAACAAAAUCGAGAACCUCUCGCAUCUAACCAGACUGGAUACUCUGAACCUCUCGCACAACACCAUACGGAGGAUCGAGAAUCUCGACAGCUUGAAGUUCCUGAAUACUCUAAACCUGUCGCACAACUACCUACAAGAAACCGCCGACAUCGAGCACCUCCGAUUGCUGGACAGUCUCUCGAUACUGGAUAUUUCUCACAACAGGAUAGACACCGACCAAGUCGUUAAUGUGAGUCCGUUAUGUUUCCUUAAUCGUGUGCCUCUGGCGUCACUUCGACGGCUGCCUCGGGUGCUCGGGACGCCGAGUUAUGUAAUUUAA